UGAUUUCGAAGGCAGUUGGGUCAUGGACUCAGCCAUUUCCUCUCCCUUUCUUUCCCCCUUCUGACACCACAGCGCACGUCUCCCUGUCUCUGUCCUUCCUCUCUCUCUCUCUCGCUCUCUCUCUCCCUCUCUGUGUGUGUGAUGGCGUCCCCACGGCUGGAGACUUUCUGCUGUCCGAACCGGGACGCAGCGACAGAGUUCGUGUUGACCUUCCAGCCCGUCCUGUUCGGGGCUUUGAGUCUGACCAGCGCGGCUCUCAGCCUCUUGUUUGCCAUUUUACAGAUUUUGCCAAAAAGCAACGGCUACAGGAGAGUGGGACAGCAUCCUCUCCCACGACCCGCGUCCUCCUCACGGAUAUUGUUCAUCAUCAGUGUUUGUGACAUUCUGGGAUGCGCAGGUAUCGCCAUGAGGUCGUCGGUGUGGCUGGGCUUACCCAACAUCAUGGAGAACAUCUCAGUGGUCAACAACACCGACGUGUGGCCAGAAGUCUUCUGCGUUGGCAGCUCAAUGUGGAUCCAGUUGUUCUACAGCGCUUCUUUUUGGUGGACCUUCUGCUAUGCCGUCGACGUCUUCCUCGUGGUUAAAACGUCGGCAGGAAUCAGCACCAUUAUUCUCUACCACAUGAUUACAUGGGGUCUGGCUGUGCUGCUGUGUGUUGAAGGCGUCGCCAUGCUUUACUAUCCCUCCAUUUCCAACUGCGAGCAAGGCCUGCAGCACGCCAUACCUCACUACGUCACCACAUAUGCACCCAUGCUGCUCGUCCUCAUAGCCAACCCCAUCUUCUUUAAUUGCACCAUAUCUGCAGUGACCUCUUUGCUGAAAGGGCGACAAGGAAUCUACACAGAAAACGAAAGGCGGCUGGCCAGUGACAUAAAACUGCGCUUCUUUAAGAUGAUGCUGGUGUUCUUUAUUUGCUGGGCUCCCAACAUCAUCAACGAGAUCCUCCUCUUUUACCUGGAGAUGCAGACAGACAUCAACGACAGCAGUCUGAGGAAUAUCAGAAACGCAGUCCUCAUCUUAUGGUUUAUCAUGGGCAUCCUGAACCCCAUGCAGGCUUUCCUCAACACCCUGGCCUUCCACGGCUGGACGGGCCUCAGCGUUGACUUUAACCUGCAGCGGAGGAGGGAGCUGCCCUGGGACUCACUGUCUACGUCAGUGCCCAACACGGCCACCGGUAACCCCGUCGUGGGAAACAACCUGCUCUACCAGAGUCACAUCCAGGAAAUCCAGAAGGCCAAAGUCAAUGGAAAGCACCACUCUGACGCCAUCAGUGUCCUCUCUGAAGGUUCAGACUCUAGUACAGUUGAAAUCCACAUUUCCAGUGAGCUACGAGACUAUGAGGAUAUAGACGCUGACGGAGAAUCCUUGGAGAACUCUGUGAGGGACUAGCUACAACAAACAACAAACCAGCGUCCUCUUCCUUUUGUGCCGUGUGACGUUGCCCCUUUUAGCAACUUGUGUUUCAAUAUUGUCUCCUCGUAGUCUCCUUUGUGCUCCUGAGAUUCAAACUGAUCAAGAUUUCAUUAGUUGGUACAACAAUAUAAGUCCCGUCCUUAAUUCUAAGCCUUAUUUUUCAUUUACCUCUAAGCUUUUUAAAUCCUGUCUGCAGCACAGCGUACUAUCACUCCACAUACUCCUCGACCGAUCAGCCAGAAAACAACUGCAGUCUCGUGCGAGUUGGUAACGGAACAAAUGUGAUUUUAUUCUUCAAUAAAGACGCACAUGCUGUGCUUUGACGAUGCCUUAAAUGCUAGAGGAACGCACAGUGGAUUUGUGAUAAGUACACUUGCCGUUGACUUCAGAAGAAUGUAGAUGGUCACAUUUCCAGCGGUCCACCUUGUAUUUUUGCACACAUCUAUUUAACCAAAAUAUUUUUUUAAGAAUUUGCUCAUGAGACUUUCUUGACACUAGAGCAUUACCACCCAGCACUCGUCGGUCUCAGUCUGGACCAUUUUUGAUUUAAAUGUUUAACAAGCCAAGAACUAGUUUUGUGAACUUUUCCUUUGACAAAAUUGUGUUUGUGAGUUCAUAGUUCUUGAGUCCAAGUGAACAACUGUAGCAGAUGUAAUGUCAUAUUUAUUAAAGAUUAAACUGACCAUGACCUUUGACCAACAAAA